AUGACGGCCACAAAGGUGGAGGUUCCGGCAAGCACCAAGAUUGGCGUCGGGAGCCUCGAGCCCGCGCCUGACCCCGCCAUUACUGGCUUGUUGACCGUAGGAUAUGUGGACAAGGAGAAAGGUGGCCACAGGCCAGGAAGGAUCAAGGACUUUGCCACUUGGGAAAUGCAAAUGUCCUCUUGCUGUCCUGAGCCAUCGACUUUAUUAACACGAAUGAUUAAUCUGGGCGGAUUCGGUCUCCGUUGGCUGUACAUUCUGAUGGACAGAAACAAGACGUUCAUGGGCCCCCUCAGCUCAGCUCUCACACCACCGAUAUGUGUUGAACGACAUUGGGUAAGCCUGAUUGAAUUCACAAUCCAACUCGACCUUAUGAUUUGUUCCCCACCCAUGAACUUCGUUCAGAAUAUCAAAAAAGCCAUCAACGCUUCCUCCCCAAUUGACCAAAAGUCGUACAGAUACCCCAAGGAUACCCUCAUUCAUCCCUCAUUUCCUUUGGGGACCCACAAUUGUUUUUUCGCCAACGCGGUCGUUGUAUCGAAUGUUCUUGGCGGUGGACCGUGGUUUCAAGCGGUUGCCUCCACUUCAAACUCCGCCGGACCUGUACCUUUUCACUUGCUCUCCAGGCGGAUGUACGGCGCCUUAAUAUGUCAGACAGCGUGGUACUUCAAAGGUUUUCCCAAAGACCCGACGUAUAUGAAGGUGUUGGUCUGCCGCGGUCAGUGCGCUCCCUUUGAUCAAGUAUUGCACUUAUCUCAAGACCCUUUCAGGCCUUUUUCAUCCCAACUACUAUUCAUCAAACGAAUGUGGUCUUGGUUCGCGCCCAAUCUCAUCUUCGAACCAGUGGCAAAUAAGAAGAACUAUAUCCUCGCCACUAUAGUCUUGGUUCCUUUUUUAAUUGGCUGGGGUUUUACUAUCAGUAAGCUCGAUUGGGUCAUUGUUCGACCGGAACUGAGUACUCGAUCUCGUAGACUUUCUCCAGGCCAUUUUUCUCUCCUCAUGUCUUUCGGGAUGAGAGUCCUCUCAAGCGGUGUCGUCACUGGAACCAUGUGUUUCCUAUUGUAUCGACACGCUUCUCCCUUGUCUUCCGGCUCGACAGAAGUUGGUUCGCGUCGUGAAAUCCCUUGUGAUGGGAUCGUUAUCCACUGGCUUACUUAUGUGUACAUCGUGUUGCCUGAUAGUCCCAUACCCUUCGGGAUCUACAACGUCCGAGGAAGUUUUUUUGCCAACGCGGUCUUGGUAUCAUUGAACCACAGAACGAGAUACCGUCGGAUGCUAACGGAAACUAUUGCCCUUCGGAGUUCUGUCAGGUUUCCUUCAACCUCGAACGCCCCCGUCCGCGCCACGUAG